AUUUCAGAAAAUGCGAGCUGAGCUGCUCGGAUGUGGACACACGGGCGAGGGACAGCUCGGCGUUCGGCUCUCCGAGUCGACGAUUCAAGUUCCCGAGAGAAUUAUUGGCGCUCCAAAUGAUAUGGAUGGAACCGCAGUGACGUCAGUCACGUGUGGUGAACAACAUACAGUAUUCCUGACAAAAGAUGGCAAAAUGUGGAGUGUUGGUAGUAAUAUGGAUGGACAAUUGGGACGAGGCAGUCGGACUGAGGGUUCUUUUUCGAUUUAUCCGGUUUCUUGGACAAGCAGUGCGAAAAUUAUUCAGAUCUCUGCUGGCCGUUCUCACACAGUCUCCGUAACCGACGAUGGGCGUGUCUUCGCUUGGGGCUCCAAUGAGCACGGACAACUCGGAAUGGAGAGUAAAUUCACGUGGCAGGGAACACCACGACGUGUUCAAGAGAUUAAUGAUAUUGUACAAGUGGCGUCUGGAUCCAAUCAUUGUAUUGCGUUGGAUGAAGGCGGUCGAGUGUUCGUUUGGGGAGAACAAGCCGAUGGUCGGUGCAUUCAUCGUCCCGAGCCCGUCGAGCAACUCAGUGGAGUUCCAAUUGUUCGAGUACUCGCCGGAGCACGUCACUGUCUUGCUCUAUCGGCGUCCGGAGCAGUUUUCACGUGGGGACAAAAUAAUUCCGGCGAACUUGGAAUUGAUGAUUUGCGGCCCCAAACCUCGGUCCAACAUGUUCACCAAAUGGACGGCCUAGGCGUUGUUGAGGCGGCCUGCGGUGAUAAUCAUACCGUACUCCUCACCCAUUGUGGAAGAACGUUCUCAUUUGGCUCCGAUGCUCUCGGUCAAUGCGGUUUUGGGAAAAAAGUCGAGAAGCGAACUAACCCGACAGCCGUAUCCGAUCUGAUAGGUUCCCACGUGACACGUAUCGCCGCAGGAGCAUGUCACACAAUAGCCAUUUGUAAGGGAGCUCCAUAUCCAUUUGGACUGAAUUCCAGUGGACAACUCGGAAAUGGAAAGAUUAUGACACAAUCGACGCCGCGAAAGACUGAUGAGCUGGAUCAUGUUACUGGAGUUUUUGCUGGUUAUCAUCAGACUUUCUUUGUUAGAUCGUCUGGCACUAUUGAGCAAAAUGAAAUCGUUGGUCCAAGUUGCCCAAUGCAGUAUCCAAUCAAACUUGACCAUGAGAGUCUUAAGAAGUUACUUGACGAAGGCGAUGCACUGGAAGUCAUGUCACUAAUCGAAUCAGUAUUCUCAUCACUGGCCUCUAUGAAUAUGUCAUUCUUGUAUAAAGAUGAACGUCGUUAUAAUGUCGGAUUCUGUUUUGAACGGUCUCAUGGAAUUGAUAUGGAUCAAGUUAUGGAGGCAUUUAUGCUUUUUGAUGAAUAUCCAAUGAAACGGCAGUAUAUGGAAUUGAUCGUGGACUCUCUAAAAAUCGCGUUCCAAGAAUGGAGUGAAAAUCUGAAAGGAAUUGAAUGUCUUCGAGUUCUCCUGAUGCUUCCAUGGCUACCAAUCUUCACGGAAAACGUUAAUGUACAGACAAUCAAAAAUGUUCAUACACCGUUUGUCGACGCAAUGUGCCUGAUUACUGGGGAUCUGCGAGCCGCGUUGGAAAAAUGGUGGACCCAACUGUCAACUCGUCAUUUCCGUCGAAUGGUUACUGUAUUCAAGACCGCUAUUAAAGCAAUGCUUAAAGCGAAAAAGGGACCAAGAGACUGUCAUAAAUUCAUUCUCAUUAUGCAAAAACUGUCGCUUAUUAACAAAACCUAUCACAUCAUCCCACUCGAAACAUUCUACAUUGAUGAACUGAAUACAUCAGUUGAUCUGAAACUAGAAUACGUACUUGAAUUGACGCGUCAGGACCCGAAUAAAACAGAACUCGACUAUUGGACACAUUUCCCGUUUCUUUUGAACGGUGUCGCCAAGGGAGAACUCAUUUUUGUCGAAGCUUGGCUUAUGCAGACGCUCCGGAGACAAAGCUCACUGUUCAACACUGCACAUGGCACAAUUAUUUUCGAGCUCCCACAUCUCGAGCUCACAGUUCGACGCGAAUUCAUCGUUUCAGACACUAUGAAUCAAAUGGCCGGUCUCAGCGAAAGUGAUCUACAGAAACCAUUGAAAGUCAAUAUCGCCGGAGAGGACGCUGACGAUGCUGGUGGUGUUCGGAAGGAGUUCUUCAUUCUUGUUAUGAGAAAGAUCUUGCAAUCUGAUUACGGAAUGUUCUCCGAAGACGAAGAGUCUCAUCUCGUUUGGUUCAGCGGCCUGCCUUCAGAAUUCUGUGAUAGGGAACAAUUUCAUCAAUUGGGACGACUUGUUGGAUUAUCGAUUUAUAAUCAUAGUAUUGUUCCAUUCCCAUUCCCGUUGGCUCUUUAUAAGUACCUCCUGGACACUCCACCAGACCUCGAAGAUCUCUGUGAACUUUCUCCAUCAGAGGGAAAAGGACUCAAAAUGUUGCUCAGCUACGAGGAAGAUGACGUGGAAGACGUGUUUGGCUUGAAUUUCUGUAUUUCAUUCAAUAUUCUCGGAGAAACGCACACAACAGAGUUAUUGUCAGGCGGAACUGAAAAACCUGUGACUAAUGCGAAUAGGGAUGAAUAUGUUAGGCUCUACGUACAUCAUCGCCUCGAACUCGGCUACAACGGUGAAAUUGCCCAACAGGCUUUACUAUUCCGGAAGGGAUUCUCUGAAAGUCUGCAUAGUCGUACACUUCGCUUCUUCCAGCCAUGUGAACUCAAGGAGAUGAUCGUUGGAAAUGAGAAUUACGAUUGGAAUGAGUUUAGAGAUAUACUGAUGUACAGAGGCGAAUACUCAUCAUCUCACCCGACAAUUCAAGCAUUCUGGAAGGCAUUCUUCGCGUUGACCGACGAUGAGCGCAGAAAGUUUCUUCAAUUUUUGACGGGCUCCACGCGAAUUCCAGUUUCCGGAUGGGAAGAGCUUCACGCGGCAAUUCAGCCAUCCGCGCCAGAAUCACUCCCAGUCGCCCAUACAUGCUUCAACCUUCUGGAUCUUCCUAACAUCGCAGACGACGUCGAGCUGCUCCGCCGCCUCCGCAUCUCCAUUGAGCACACCGAAGGCUUCACCCUUGCCUAGAUAUUAUUUUUUUUUAUUCGAAUUCGGAUUUCUUUUUGCUUUUGGUCACACUUUUCUUAUUUUCUUUCCUCUGUGAUACACAUUUUUUGUGCUAAGGAAUUGAACGUUUUCAUCUGGUUUUUCAUCAAUUUUAUGAUUCUAGUUUUUUUGGUUAUAAAUGUAUAAGUAUGAAUUUUUGUUUUUUUUUUCGAAAAAAAAAUUCGGUGAUGAAAUCCAAUAA